AUCAUCAUCAUCAUUGGGGUCAUCGUCAUCAUCUUUGUCAUCAUCAUGGUUGUCAUAAUCUGACUCAGAAGAGCUGGAAUGUGAUAUCAGCAAAAUGGAAAUCACUCAGGAGCUCCGGGACUACUUUGCACAGACUGAGAAGCACCAAGAGGAACGAAGGCUGCAGCAACAGAUGGAGGAAAGCCGCCUGGAAGACUACGUCGAGGCCGACCAUGACCUAUACUACAAUCUACAUCGGUGCUCAGUGGAGACCCCCAGCCACAGGGUCUGGGAGCAACGCCUGGUGGAGAUGAAAAGACUGUAUGGGGACAGUGCCAGCAAGAUACAGGCCUUCGAGGCAACCCUGAAGCUGAGCUUCGACACAUACUGUGACCAGAAGCAGCCCAAGUACUGGCCUGUCAUUCCAUUCACGUUCUGAGUGCAGCCCCUGGAAGUCCCACUGAGACCCCUGCCUCCCUAGGGCUCCAAU